GGUCAGAAGAUGGUCAGUCCAUCGCUAAUAGUCAAUCUCCCCCCAUUACUGCGACAAUUGAGCUUCAGGCUGACACCUCCAAGACAUCGACUCCAUGAGCCUCACCUCUUCGGCUGGGUCCAUGCUCACCAGGUCCGGUAGGCGCAGCGGUGUCACUCACUUUGUCGCAGCCGCGUCAGCUUCGGCCAGUGCUCCCUCAACUUCCUCAGCAUCCUCAUCUUCAUCUUCGCACUUCUGCUCGCCGGCGCAUCAACAACAACGUCGUACUUUUCUCGGCCUCUUCGGGAAGUCCAAGAAGGCCAAGGAUGACCGGGAUCCUUUCAAGGGCACACCCGCUGCAGCUCCCAAGAAGCUCAUCCUGACGCAGGACAAUCUCUUCCACCCACUCUCCCAAUCCCCCUUUCCCGCCCUGCGAGCAAGGGCAGAAAGAAUCAAGAGGCUCGCACCAUGUCCCGUUCAUCUGCGCAAGGGUCAAAGGGUGUUGGUGAAUUUCGAGUGUCCUGACUGUGGUUGGCCGACGCAUUAUAGUGAGAAGGAUUGGAGGGAGGAUACAGAGCAUGGGAAAUACGUGCAUAGACUCAGGGAGGCCAACGAGGACGAGCAUGACCUCAGGAGCGGUAGAGAGAUCACAGAGUUCAAGCUUCCUGGCCCUCAGGGCUUCGAAGAGUCACUCAAUCUAUCCUCAUGGGACGUCUUCUUCUACACCCGAAACUUCCCCUCCAUCGAGACGGAACGAUCGAGGCGGCAUGUCUCUAAGCUACUGAGCUUCCCGACAUCGAUGGGAGCUGUGCUACACGAACACAGCCCUUACACUACCCGGAACAGGAGAAUGACCAGGGAAGGACUUAGGAGUUUCCUUGCUCUACGUCAGCUACUACAUCCCAAGAUUGGCGCCAAGCCCUCUCUUGACGCCAUCCGAGUUUUCGUCGUAGGUGCAAGAGCCGAGUCUACCCUCCCUGCAAGCGUCUGGGAUCAGCUUCGCUUCAUGUUUCCUGGCGUCAAUUUCCACCUCUACCUCAUCGGGCCUGAAGUAUCCAUUCCCAAGGUGGAGAACAUUGCCCCUGGCCAGUCCCUCUCGGCUGAGCCACCUCGCCGGCAAAAGACACGACCAUCUUCCUAUGGACCGAAUGCCCCCAGCCAAACGCUUGUGGUAUCGGAGGCUCUGACGAUCACCUACAUUCAAAGUACAUACGAGUCGGUACAUCACCAGAUGGAACCCUUUGACCCCUACACCGACGUCUUCUUUGCAUUCUCCCCCGGCUUUGGCUUCCCAAGUCAGCGGGCGUAUGACCGGCCGAAGUCUGAGGACGAAGACGGUGCCGCUAUUGCCGGAGCGAGCUCUUCGAGUACUGCAGGAGCGGACGGUCUGAACACUGCAGCAGCCGAGAUCGAGUCUCAGGAUGAAGCAAAGGAGAGCGUCAAGUCGGCAGACGCAAGCUCCAACAAGCUCCCAAACCCAGAUGCGACUGUCGCCCGUCGUUCCCCCGAGGGAGGCGAGACUCCCUCUAUGGAGCCUGCCUUCUUCCCUCUAGCCCCAGGCGCAACACCCAGCUCUACUCUUCCCACUCUCCCUCCGCUGCUACAAGCCCAGUCCGAAUGGGCUACUGCCCUCACCCAGAUGCUCUCCACCAAGUGUCCCCUCAUCAUCACCGGCUUCUCCCCCGCCGACGUCAAGCGAGACGUCGAAGCCUUUGAAUCCGUAGAGGGCAUCAAGGGCGAAUUUGAGUGGCUUAUCACACCUGGAGAGAAUGUAUUUGGGAGCUUGAGCUGGAGUAUUGCCGAUUUCGACCCGAGGGUGGCAGUCAAGGCCAAUUGGGGCAUUUGGGCCGUCAGAGGAAAGAGGUAUGAUCUGCUUGGUCCUGGAGCGUAUGUGGGCAAUCCUUUCGAGAGCAAAGGGCUGGAGGCGGAGGAGAAAGACUAGCUCAGGGUGGUGGUAUAGAUGCCUCAGGCGAAAUGGAGAAGACUGAAGAGGGAGGAAUGAAUGAAAUGAUCGAUCUUGCAGCCCUGUCCUUCUUCGAACAAAACAUUUGUCACCUCUUCUCCGACCCUCGUGACCGCGGAUGCUGCAGGUCGGUCUAGUAGCAGCAGUUGCGUAGUUGCAAUGGCAAACCUCCAGUCCAAUCAUUACUUGCUGCAUGACCAGCUAUGCAGAGCACUCCUGUGCAACCCACUCCAAUUGUCAAAUUCACUCAACAUACUUCCACGUUCAUAGAUCGUCUUUGCUCAAGCCCUCUCUCAUAACGUAGCAUGGGUGACACAU